UCUGCCACUAUCGCACCACACGAACUCGAGAUGGCACCAAUUAUCCACUACGUGGCGUUUCCUGUUAAUGCUAGCCAUGACCUUCCUCAAUUCAAAGAUGCUUUUCGAUUGCUGGGAAAAGCUGAUGGACAUAUCAGCUCUUUCCAAGGUUUACAAGUUACUGAAGAAGGCGCCAAAAACCUAUAUUUCAUCUCCAUUUGGGAAUCAAUCGCACUUCACAAGAAAUUUGGAGAGAUUUCCCUCGUUCAACAAGAUAACGACAUUGCAAAACAGUUCAGACCCCUGAAAGACGCCAUGAGUGCCGCAGGCGACAACCUUGUUCGUUACCACUUUCAUCUGGUCAAGGGCACGGCGAUACCGGCGCUAGAGUCAGAGACCACAGAGUUUGCCUUGAUUACGCCCAAGAAAGAGGCCUCUUUCGAGAGUGUGAGCAAGGUGGGAUUGAAGGUGCGCGAUGUUUGGGACAGUAAUGGUCAUCCGGCAGCGUUUGCAACGGGAGAAGAAAAUCAUGACCUGAUUCUCAUCAUCGUUGGCUGGUCGUCUACUACACAUCAUCUAGACACGGUUAAAAACGACCCAUAU